CGGCGACUGGGGUUCGGCCGGGUCAGUCGUACAAUUCUGGGCCUCCGAAGUCAUUCUACUACCGGUCCUGUCCCAUCUUCUAGACGCCUCACCUUACUUACUUCUAGGCUCGAUCUCCUCCUUCCAAUUCCGUCCUUAUUUCUGUUUAUGUUACCCAGCCUCUUGGGAGCAUAUCAAUCACCAUCAAGCUGCACCAUCAUCAUUAUUGCCGUCGUUGUUGACCGUUUACCCAUACUGUCAACCAAUACGGUAUAACGAGCCACACCUCCUAGAGAGUGCUUGGAUCUGGUAUCACUUGGAAUGAUCGACUUCUGAUAGCUCAUCAACGACACUCCAAUCAUUCUUUUCUUGUCUUUCCCGCAUCAUUGUCUCUCAUUUACUCAGGUAUAAGUUCUCUGAGACAAUACCAACAAACCGAAUCACGACCUCAACCACCAGCAGGUUUCACUCGUUACCACCGGCAUAGUUAUGACUACUUCCAUAUACGACGCCAUGAACGUUCCUCACAUACCCGGAGUCCACCCCGUGGCCAUUCCCCGACCUCAAGUUGGCAUUGAGCGCCUUCCAACUCGUCGCAUGAGCAAUGAGCCACGCGAAUCAAUGAACUGCAAGUCGUGCCGAAAGCGAAAGAUUAAAUGCAACCGACUCCGACCUUCCUGCGAGGCUUGCCAGGUGUUCCAAUGCCCUUGCAUUUAUGACGCGGUCCCCAAAAAGCGUGGACCAAAGACAGACGUAUUGGAAGCACUUUUGAAAAGAGUUGACGGGCUCGAGGCGAAGUUGAGAGAAAAGGGCGAAGACGAUGUGUCGCUUGCAAGCUCAAAUUUGCCAGGAGCUGGAAAGGGAGAAGCUUCUGAGAAUGGUUCUCAAGUCACUGAAGUUGGCGAGUCGAUAAUCAAACGUGCCACAGUCGAUGCGCGUGCAUCUCCUGGCGAUACGGCAUCACUUUCUCCGCAUACUCCAAUAGCUCGUGAUCUGUCCCCCCCUCCAGCCCAAGCUGAGGUCUUGCUCGAUACAUAUUUCGCCAGGUUUCAUGGGAAACCAUACUAUAUCGUCGAUGAAUCCUCUAUUCGACAAAGACUUCAACUCAACCAGCUCCCUCGAUUCCUCUCCUUUGCCAUUUCAGCCGUAGCAGCGAGACACACCACCGACCCUAGUGGGUAUCAAGCGGCUGCCAACCUUAGUGAAGACCUUGCAGCACGGGCUAGACGAGAGAUCAACACCGACGAGCCAUCCAUAGAUGGAUUGCAGGCGCUUCUGUUGUUGGUCAGUGCCUUCACUGCGACAGGAAAAGGAAAGAAGGCGUACAUGCUUAUGACAAGUGCCACUGGUAUGGCCAUGGCGCUAGAGAUACAUAAGGAAACUGACGGGCAGGCUCGAAUGACUCCAGUUGAACGCGAGAUGCGACGCCGACUCUUUUGGACUUGUUACUUGCUUGACCGGUUUCAAGCAACCGGCUCGAAGCGACCCAGCCUAAUUAGCGACAACACUAUUAUGCUGCGGCUUCCUUCUUGGUCGCCCAACUCAUCCUCGCUACCCGUCGAAGGCGAGUUCUUUCAAACAGGCUCGAACCUCCAGUACUUCCAGGGCAGUGACAAGAAGCCCCAGGGAAGCAUGGGCAUGCUCAUCGACAUCACACGUGUUCUUGGAAACACAAAUCGAUAUCUUGCCGCUGGUGGCGUCAAAGGCGACUCUCACUUUCCAUGGCACACACUCUCCACAAUAUCCAAGAUCCGUCAAGACCUAGAUGUUUGGGCUUCUGGAACUGAAGACGUCUUUUCCAACCUUGGCACGCUUUUUGGACAGGCCGACUCGACUAUCCUCCUGCUCAGCAAAGUUAUCUACCACCUGAUCCACUGUCUCAUUUACCGACCGUUUCUCCCUAUCGACCUUGCAGAACUUGCAGAGACAGGACAGCACCAAUCCUGGCAGAUUGAAGCCACUAACAUGUGCUUCCUUCACGCCAACGCGAUCAUGGAGCUGAUCCAACUUGGAAAGCAAUCAGGAAUUGUUGACUGGCCGGCAUUUAUUGGAUAUUGUGUCUGCACAGCAGGAACAGUUCACGUUCACGGAGCCCACUACAGUCAGCAAGGGAACCAAGGCGAGUUCAAUGUCUUCAGCUCGGCAGCAGAGUUUCUGUCAAGAGAGAUGCAGUUCCUGAGUGAGCUGCGGUAUGCCUGGGCUACAAUACAACACCAACGCGAGACACUUCAAGACAUUAGCCACGCACAUGGCGAGUUGGUGAAGGCUUUAUCUCGCAGCUCAAUGCGCUAUACACCUGGGUUCCACAGCGAGGAUUUCUUCGAUCGGUAUUCCAACAUUGGAGGACCGGGUGGCCCGUCUUUCAGUUUCGAUGCAGCCAAUCUUCGCCUUGCAGAUGUUGCAGUUGACAUGGGUGCUGGACCAACAGCUGAGGACACCCUCCGAAACAACGAUGGACUACAGCGACCGAGUCUCAAGCGCAAGAAUACGGCUCCACCAGGACCUAUCAACCGGAGACGACCUGACGUGAAGGUUAUUUCGAGCCUCGCACCCUCUGCGUCGGGACUACCUACUCCAGGCACUGCUCGACGAUCAUUCUCGUAUACGUCGGGAGGGAUGCCGCAUUCAUCGCCUGGCCUCCUUGCAACACCAACCUCAAUCCCGACCCAUCACGAAAACCAGGAGAUGUACACUAUGCAUGACCACAUGGGUGGUGAUGCAUCCGCAAACAAUGCUGCAGUCGCGGCGGCAGCGGCAGCAGGUUUCACCAUGUCACCCACGUCGCAUGCCGUUUCAUCUCAUAACAUGCACCCAAUGGGUGGCGCACCUUUCAGCCCACCUUACAGCUAUGGCUCAGGGUCAAGCAUUACAAAUGCUGGACCAGGUAUGAUCAAUGAAGCGAACGGAGGCUAUGAUGCUAUGUUCGGAACAGUGCCCACCAACGCCUUUGGCAGCCCAGCGGCGUGGCACGGCGAUGACAGCCAUACCAAGAUGCACCUCAAUCAGAUUCGACCGGCAGCGACGAGCCCUGGAGCGCGAAGCAACAAUGGCAGUACUGGAACAGGCCCAGGAGAGGAGAAGGACCCAUUCCUGGCUCUUCUUGAGCAACUGGCCGAGAAUGAAAAUCGAUCGCAGAACGGGCAUGGAGGCGAUCUUGACUUUUUCCUCGGUAACUCAACCGUCAACCCUUGAGGGCGGCUGAGAUAGGACAAUAUUUACUUUCUUUCUUGUAUCUCUUCUUUUUGUUACGAUUGUUACUAUUCAUGUACAUAGAUAGGAGGAAUAAGUCGCUGGGCGAUGCGCGACGGACGCAUAGCUCAGGAAGCUCAACGCGGCAAUCGGAAUUGGACUUUUGGGCGCAAUGGAAACUUGCAGCAUUUACAGGCGAACGGGAUGGUUGAGUCAAUGGAUGUUUCAUGAGGGCGGGAUCCUCGACAGACAACGAACUGGUACGAAAUACUUGAAGAAAAGCAUUAGCCAUUGUAUAUUAGAAUAGCUUGGAAACAUUGAACACGAACAGAGCAAAAUGAAAUAAAAUAUUGUAAACUAG